CAGCUUGACCCCGCGAGACAAUGCAAUCGUGCCCAUCGCGAUAGCGCGCGCACAACGAGCGAGCGAGCGCCGACAGCCAGUGGCCUGAGCGAUGCGGAAAGCUCGGAGCAGCCAAGAGGACGGCAUUCGGUUCCGAUUCAAGAGCGAAAACAGCCCCGAGCAGAGGAAGCAGGAAGCUGACGCCAUCUUGGAGAAAUAUCCACAUAGAAUUCCCGUGAUCGUGGAGCGGGCGCCCAACUCUCACGUGCCGUCCAUCGACAAGCAGAAGUUCCUAGUGCCCAGCGACAUCACGGUGGCCCAGUUCAUGUGGAUCGUGCGCAAGCGGAUCCACCUGUCUCCCGAGAAGGCGCUCUUCGUGUUCGUCGGCCGCCUCAUGCCCCAGUCCAGUCUCAGCAUGGGUGACCUGUACGGAACGUACCGGGACGAGGACGGGUUCCUGUACCUGGCCUACAGCGGAGAGAACACGUUCGGACGACCGUCCACCUUCCAUCGGAUGGCGUCGUCGCGUUGAGUGCCCAAUAAAUCUUGCCUGUUAUCUCGGA